CUAUGCUGCAGUGCCACUACAGUGGUCUGUUCCCAUGAAAUGCCAGUAGUACCCUGUCUCCGCACACACGUGUCUCCUCCGGGCUCUUGACAGAUACUCUCAGAAGCAAAAAUCGCAUCUUGUUGAGAACCACAGAGUUUAAUUUUAUAGGAAAAAAAAAACAUUGUGUAUGUGCUGUGAGAAAGAUAAAGAUGAGCCGAGUGCCCAGGAUGCCUAGCUCAGAUUAUAAAGAUCCAGUCGUGGUGGCUCGUCUGUAAUGCCAACACUGGGAAGACUGAGACGGGAGUGUUGCUUAAAGUUCGAGGUUUUUGUUUGUUUGCUUUGGACAAUUGAAGAAGUUGGAGUGUAAAGAAUCAAUUAAGGAUACGCACAGAAUUAGGGACAGCAUUUAAGCGUGAAGAAGAGUCCUGAGUGGAUAUAGUCAAAGUGAGUUUGAAGAAACACGUUUCAGAUUUCUUUGGAUUUCAUUGAUAUUUUUUCUGUGUGAAUCAGCAAAAGACCCAGAGAGUCUUGGAGUUUUUUCUAUUGAAGACAAUGUCUGGAAGCUUCUACUUUGUAAUUGUUGGCCACCAUGAUAAUCCAGUUUUUGAAAUGGAAUUUUUGCCACCUGGGAAAGCAGAAUCCAAAGAUGAUCACCGUCAUCUGAACCAGUUUAUAGCCCAUGCUGCUCUUGACCUUGUGGAUGAAAACAUGUGGCUUUCUAAUAACAUGUACUUAAAAACUGUGGACAAAUUCAAUGAGUGGUUUGUAUCAGCAUUUGUCACUGCAGGACAUAUGAGAUUUAUUAUGCUUCAUGAUGUGAGGCAAGAAGAUGGAAUAAAGAACUUCUUUACUGAUGUCUAUGAUUUGUAUAUAAAGUUUGCAAUGAAUCCAUUUUAUGAACCCAAUUCUCCUAUUCGAUCAAGUGCAUUUGACAGGAAAGUCCAGUUUCUCGGGAAGAAACACCUUUUAAGCUAAAUGGAGAAAAACUCUGAAAUAAACAGUAUCACUGUCGUGGGCUAUACUCAGGAAUGUGUGCGCUGUAAGUAAUUUGAAAUAGCCUGGAAAACUUUCACUUAAAAUUGUACAUUGUUUUCGUGUUGAUUAUCAGUAUUAAUAUUUUCUUGUUGAGUGUUAUUUAUAAAGAAUUCUUUACCAGUAAUUUAAACAUUUUUAUUUAAAAGCUUGAGAAUGAACUUUUGCCUUUCCUGAUUUAGAUAAUUUGAUCUUAACUUAUUAAAUUCAAAAGCAAAUGUCAUAGUUAAUAUUUGUUAGAUAGAUUUAAAACUAAAAGCUUCUGCAGGCAUGAAUGAAAUUGAGUUAUUUAUACUUUUAGAGAUAUUCUUUUAAAAUGCAUAAUACACUACAGUACCAAGAAGCUGAAGCAGAAAGCCUCUGCCAUACCAAGUGUUACAUGCCAGCCUGCCUGCCUGUCAGGGGCUGAGAAUAGUGAUCCUGCUAUGACUAUAUUCUAGACCCGUGUACACUGCAUCAGUUACAAGCCACUGCAAAAUGUAUUGCAUCUGUUACCUUAUAUUCCUGUUUCCUUUCUCUUACUAAACUAAAAGUUGAAUGUACUUGUAUCUGUACUUAAAAAUGUAAUACAGCUUUGGUAUUACUAAUAAAAGCCUGAGUUACACUGA